AUGGAAAACCAAGUGAACUUACCUGCCACUAUUUCUCUUGAAGGGCGCGCAUUACAUUCUAUGGAGGAAGCAUUUCAGAUUCUACACGAAUGUUCACAAGAUGAAGUCUAUCUCAUAGCAAUGCAAAUGCAAUCUGAGCUUAUGGGGCUUAUUGAGACCGGCGAGGACUAUCUGUAUAAGCUUCAUGAGUUUGUUGACAGAGGAGAGUUCUGGCGCGGUCAUGAGUCAGACGAGGACAGCUUCCGAUAUAAUUGGAGAGCAGCUAGGGAUGCUAUCGCCAAUAUGACAAAGACAUUGGAGUAUAUUGACAGCAUCUGA